UGUGCUCUUUUUCUCUUGUCUCUCUCCUCUCUCUCUUACACCCACUUUCCCCUUUCCGACACAUUCAUUCAUAUUACUUUUCUUGCACGUCUCUCCUGCACCAUCACAUUCACAUACACUUUACAUAUAAAGACAUGCCCAAGGAACAGAAGGUCAAGGCUGCAAAGCCCCCAAAGAAAACCCCCGCUUUGGCUAUGCCUAAACGUCCUGGCACCUCCUGGAACAUGUUCUUCAGAGAGCACAUGGAGAGAGUCAAGGCUUCAGGCAAGCCUGUGGUUCCCACUGUCGAGGGCGCCAUCGCCGCUCAAUUGUGGAAGGGGCUUAGUGAGGAUGAGAAACAGGUCUAUCAAGACAGAUACAAGGCCAACUUUGAGCAGUUCAAGAAGGAGACUAAGCAGCGUCUUCAGGAAUUGACUCCUGCGGAAUACAAGGCUGAGAACCAGCGUCGUCAGGCUUUACGUGAUUCUGGAAAGAAGGGACUACCUUCACUCAAGGAUCCCAAUGCCCCUAAGAGGCCAUUGUCCAACUUCUUCCUUUAUGCCAAAGAUCUCCGUGAAUCUGGCAAGUAUGCUCACCUGUCCCUUAAGGAGCAGUCCAAGGCCUUUGCUGACGCCUGGGCUACGCUUCCUGAGGCCCAGAAGAAUAAGUACACAGAAAUGAACAGGGUCGCAAUGGAGGCCUACAAGAUCGAGAAGGCCGCUUAUGACGCUCAGGCCUAAAAAAAUAUAUAUAGCCAUCACUCAUUUUCUCUUUUUUCUUUUGUCAAGCAUUAUCAUUAUGUAGUUGUCCUGUAGUCUUUUUUCCUUUCAUUUGAUCAAUAUUGAUCAUUAAUUCUUGCUGCUUGUCUUUUUCUCAAAUCAAAAUUAUUCAUCUC